GGAAGCACUGUGCGCCCGUGGACGGAAGUGAGGUGAGGCGCGAGCCGCAACCUUUGAGGGAAAGAGGAAGUGCUCGGGCGUCGCAGGGCCGGAGGCGCGGGGAUAGGUAGAAGGAGCACCAUGUCCGCGGAAGUCCCCGAGGCAGCGUCGGCGGAGGAGCAAAAGGAAAUGGAAGAUAAAGUAACUAGUCCAGAGAAAGCUGAAGAAGCAAAGUUAAAGGCAAGGUAUCCUCAUUUGGGACAAAAGCCUGGAGGUUCUGAUUUUUUAAGGAAAAGAUUGCAGAAAGGGCAAAAGUAUUUUGAUUCUGGGGACUACAACAUGGCGAAAGCAAAGAUGAAGAACAAGCAGCUUCCUGCUGCAGCCCCGGAUAAGACAGAGGUCACUGGUGACCACAUUCCCACUCCACAGGACCUCCCUCAGCGGAAACCAUCCCUGGUUGCUAGCAAGCUGGCUGGCUGAUUAAAAGAGCUGAACUGCA